CCAUGGCCGCGCGGCUGCUCCUGCGGGCGGCGCGGCCGCUCCUGGCCGGGGCCGGGCGGGGCACCGGGCUCGGCACCGCGUUCAGCACCGCGCCGCCCCCCGAAAAGAAGCGGUGGCUCCGGGCGUACCUGGAGCUGCAGCGGCUGCAGGCGCCUCCGCAGCGGCGGUCCGAAAAGCCCAACUGGGAUUACCACGCGGAGAUCCAGGCCUUCAGCCACCGGGUGCAGGAAAACUUCGCCCUGGACCUUCUCAAGACUGCGUUUGUUAACCCCUGCUACAUCGAAAGCGAAGAGGCGAGGCGCCGGCAGCUGGGGCUGGACAAGGACGCGGUCGCUCUUCAGCUCCAGGACAACACCGACCUUGCGGAGCGAGGGCUGCACUUCGCCCGCGCUUACCUGGCGCAGUGCUUUGAAGGCGCCUACCCAGAGUUACCUGCAAAGGGCAUAGAAGCACUGGUUAAUUUUCUGACCAGUCAGGAACUUGUCUCUUAUGUGGCUCAAAACCUGUCCAUACAGGACCUGGCGCUUUGCAGGGAUUUUCCUGCCCCACCAGACGUGCUGCAGAGGACGUUCCUCGCUGUGAUAGGAGCCCUGCUGGAAAGCAGCGGGCCCGAGAGAACCGGGAUCUUUGUCAGGGACUUUUUUAUUCCCCAGCUGAUUGGAAAAGACCUGUUUGAGAUCUGGGAAGUUGUAAAUCCUAUGGGCUUACUGCUGGAAGAACUGACCAAGAGGAAUAUCUCUGCUCCAGAACCAAGAAUUACCCGGCAGCUGGGAGUCAGCACAGUUCUGCCAGUCUACUUUGUUGGGUUGUACUGUGAUAAGAAGAUGUUAGCUGAAGGCCCUGGUGAAACACUGCUGGCUGCAGAGGAGGAGGCUGCACGAGUGGCACUGCGGAAGCUUUAUGGGUACACAGAGAACAGGAGACCUUGGGAUUACUCCAAACCCAAACAAGGAUUGGCAGCUGAAAAGGCAAUCAGCAGUAACUAGAUGCUAAAAGACAUUUCUGGUGUGUCUUAAAAAUCAAUGGCUUCCAUGCUGAAUAUAGGUGUAUUUGGAAAGGCAAAAUACCAAAAGACCAGUUUGUUUUUCAGGUCUUCAGUGCUUGAAACUUCUGAAUCAUAUAUGGUGUUAAAUAAAGUCUUUUCCUUUUGCACACUGUUUAGUGUUUGCUCAUUUUCCUAAAUGUAAAAGAAGUGCCCUUAAUCUGAAUUUUUGCCUUUUGGCUCAGAAGUUUUUCUGUGCAUUGCAGGAGACCAUCUUUAGUGAUGUUUAAUAACCUGUGACAAAAUCUCACUGUACAGAAACAGCUUUCAUGAAUGCUUCCUCUGAGAUUGUUUGGAGAGGAUUGUUAAUAAGCUGAGUUGAAUUAACAUAUGUUACAUCAGCCUUUGGAUUGCAUCUGGAUCAAUUUGUCCUUCACCUUGUGAAAACAUCAGGUAUGAUGAUGAUCCUGACACUGUUGGGGAUUCAAACUUUGAGGUCUCACUGCUUUCAUCCAAAUUUUAUUUGCCAUGCACAUUGGUUUCUGUUGUUGGAGCAUGCUCUGAAGGAUUUUUAAAACUUGUAAAAAUGCCUCUGCUGCAAAAUGAGAAAUAGUGAAAAUUAGGAUCAUCAAGGCCUGAACCUAAAGAAAUUGGAGAACAUGAUUUCAUGAUAGGCUAUGAGAUAAGCUUUUUCUUUUUUUCUCUUUUUUUUCUUUUUGGUACUUUUUCUGCUUAGUCCAUGUUCUUUCAUUUAAGCAGUCCCACGACAGAAGUAUUGGAUUCAGUGAAAUCAGUGUUUGUCUUGUUUGCAACAUCUGUAGCUGUUUUAGCUCCAAAUGAAUGGAAAGACACUUAGGAAUAAUUCAGGUACCUGCAUGAUAUUUCUGUUAAAUGUCAUAGAAACUCAGCAUGUCUACCAGAGGGCAACAGAUGUGUGAGAACUGCAGCUGUUUUGGAAUACUUUUCUUAAAAAAAGAGUGAGCAUCUAUUACAAACUUGUCUGAGCCCUGCAAGGAAGAAGCUGGACGUAGGACCAAGAAGCUGGAUGUUCAGAAGUGUUUCCUGCUUUGUCCCAUUGUGAGCACUGAUUGUAAAGGAAGAUACCAGGUAAAUGAAUGUGCCUUCACUAAGAGGAGAGGGAGAAUCAGGCUGAUGGCCAUUGAUAGUGCUGUCCAUUGCAACACAUCCUUUGCCUUUGGCCCACAAGAUGGAUUUAGGGAAGGACACUUGGCAGCCAAAGGUCCUGGCUGCAGCUGCUGGGCAGGUCUGUGCUGUGACAGUGAGUGCUGGCUGUACCAACCCAGUGGAAAGAGAUUUAUUGGUGUUCUGAGCAGGAGGAGUCUGUGUGUGACCCUGGAUGUCUCCAGCACUCAGUGCCCUGCAUCUGCCCGGUGUGGAACGCAGCUGGGGCUGCAGAGCAGCGAGAGCUCCUGCUGCCCCUGGCUGAGAGGGCACACCAGGGAGGGCUGGAAUGCAAAAAGGAGGGCAGGAAGAUCAGCCCAGCAGAAAAUAUGCACAAAAUUGCUGGUGUUAAAUGAAAAAUUCCACCUAGGCAAUCUGUUACCACUUACAUAAAAGCCAGUAAGGUCACUAUAUUCCAGGGGAAUAAGAGCAAAAUGUGAUAAGAUGGUAAAAUUACUCAUGCUAUUUUUAGUUUCCAGAUGAGGUUAUUGCUCUUUACCUAUUUUAAAAGGACAAUAGUGAAGGAGGAUUUUUCACAGCCCAAGUAACCUACUGCUUUUAUAUACAUAUUUAUGUAUUUUGAGAUGGAGAAGCAAAUUUCAGUCAGUUUACCUUUAAAAACAAUUAAGAUCUGCUUCCUUUGGCUUUAUAGUUUGGAAUGUGAGCAUAAGUCCUAGGAGAAGUGGAAUACUGUGCUGGUAAAAGAUGAGUGAUGCAUGAUAAAUCAGUUUACUGUGUGGCACAUGUAUGGAAUGUAUUAAGAUCAAAUGAAAAGACAAUUUGGGGACAUGGAAAGAAAGGGCUGGGUUUUUAUAGAGGUGUUGACUGAAAAAGGAGUUUUUAUAUGAAAAUGUGUCCCAUUUUCAAGUUUCUAAAGGUCAGAAAAGCAGUUUAUGUGGUAUCUGUGCUUUAAUUUCUGACACUCAUCAUGUAUAUCAGGAUCUACAGCUGUGCUAGUGAGAUCAUUUAUAUAAUUCAGGUUACUAACCUUUUUCCUUGUUUUUUGAAUCAGUAGCCAUAAACCAUAGCAUAGUUAAAAGAUUGGUCAGACCUACAGAAAUCACUAGCUAUAAAGUGUGGUGAAAAUGGCAGCUCAGAAACAUUGUUCGUGAAAUUCCAUGGCAGUUUUGUCUGACAAGUGCUUUGUGAGCUGCUUGCAUUGGCGCUGAGUACAAGUGCAUUUAUGUUUUCCCGUGGUUCUUCCUUUCACAGUCACAUUUUAUUUAUCUUUCAGCGAGACAACAGAUUGAGCAGACUGUCAAUAAUGACUGACAGAAAGGAAUCAGGACAUUUUAUUCUUGCAACCCAUUGAAGAACUAGAUUAUUGUUGCAAAAAUUACAUUUGUAAACUCACUAAACAGUAGGAAACACUAGUAACCUAGACUUGCUUUUUCUCCAAAUGUUAGGUAAAUCCAGUGUUUGAAUGGUCUUGGAUUACUCUUUCUGUCAUCUACAUCCUUUGUCUUUUUUUUUAAGUGUUGUAAAAGUAAUUUUAUUUUGAGAAAGGUAAGAGAAGUUCUAUUCUAUUGGUAGCAGCUAAGUAAUUGGAGAAAAAUUUCUUAAUAUGCUUCCAUGCACUGUUGUUAAGUUGCUUCUGAUCUCAGCAACAGAAGCUGCUCUGUUGCUUCUCUGUGUCUUUGCUCCUGUGUCUCAGCAGUUCAGUGAUGUGACUGAGCACCCAGUUCUAUCUCCUUGCUUUCAGCUGCAGCUUCUGGUUACGAUAACCAGAUGUUUUGCUUCAGUUUUCU